CAUCUGAUUCAAAUAUUUCCGCCCUUUUUUGAUGUAUUAGUACAAUAGUAGUGAACUGUUAACAGUAUUGAAGAAAAAAUGGAGACUAAAGGGUCUUCACCAUGUCCAUACACGGCGACCGUUCGACGGAACCCUCACCGGAAAGCAAGAGCAACACCGUUCUCCACCGCGCCCGUUUCGCUUCUCCAGCCUUCAGCAUCACCGCCACAAAAUAUCCCUUCGUUCCCCAUUGAAGAAAUUCUGUCCAUGGAAGUCCCUGAAAAAAAACUUACGGAGGCAUCAUCGGAGAAUCUGAAGGUAUUUAUGAGAAUCCGAACAUUGAACAUUCAACGAGAAACACUGAAAAAAGUCUCUGAAAUGAAGAAGACAAAGAAUACUUGGCCCAAAAACCCUAAGUCGACUAAUGCGUUGCCGAAGAAGCUCAAAAAGAGCAAUGAAGUCUGUGUGACAGUGAACGAUGCACAUUCUGUAACUGUAUCGCCCCCACAGAGCUUACAAGAUGGCAAACGUAUUAAAUCAGAAGUUUAUCAAGGGUUUUCACAAGUCUUCUCAUCAGAAGCAUCUCAGAGGGAAGUGUAUGAAAAAAUGGUGAGUCCUUUAGUUGAGGAUCUUCUGAACGGUAGGAGUGGCAUGUUGGCUGCAUUGGGACCAAGUUGUUCUGGGAAAACUCAUACCAUCUUUGGGUGUGGAAGGGACCCUGGUAUGGUGCCUUUGGCUCUUGAUCGAAUUUUAUCACAAGAAGACAACAAGAUGCAGUCACAGAGGAUAUUUUAUCUAUCCAUGUUUGAGAUCUCUUCUGAGAAAGGAAAAUCUGAAAAGAUAUUUGAUUUACUUAAAGAUGGGGCUGAUUUGUUUAUCCAUCAAUCAUCGAUUAAAGGCAUGCGAGAGGCUAUACUUUAUGAUCCAUUACAAGCUGAAUCUCUAAUCGCGUCUGGACUUUUGAAGCGUGCUACAGCUAUGACAAAUUCAAACAAUCAAUCUAGUCGUUCACAGUGCAUCAUAAACAUCCGCUGUGAAUAUAAGGAGGUUAAUGGAGAAGUUGGUGAUAACUCAAACAGUGCUGUCCUGACCAUAGUUGACCUUGCUGGAGCUGAGAGGGAAAAGAAGACUGGUAAUCAGGGGAUUAGACUGCUCGAAAGUAAUUUUAUCAACAACACAUCAAUGGUGUUUGGCCUAUGCUUAAGGUCAUUACUGGAGCAUCAGAAGAACCCCAGGAAACCUAUGCGGAAGCACUUUCAAAACUCUUUGUUGACCAGAUACUUACGAGAUUAUUUGGAAGGCAAGAAACGGAUGGCAUUGCUUCUAACUGUAAGACCCGGGGAAGAAGACUAUCUUGAUACUUCUUUUCUGCUAAGGCAGGCUUCACCAUAUACAAAAAUCAAGUUUGAUAUCAUUGAAGAACAUGGAAUUUUAAACCACAAUAAGAGGCCUGUGCAAAGAACACCUAGCUAUGUGCAGCUUAAAAGAAUGAAGUUGAGCAAAAAUGAAGAUCCUGAGAUCAACCAAGGAAGUGAUGAAUGUCCUCAACUUUUGAAUAAAGAAGCGGCUGCGAAAGGAAUGAAGGAUGUCAGCUUAACAGACUCUCGUGUUCAAUCUGAGGAAAUCAUCUCUAUAGAAGCAAAUGUGGGGAAUAUUCUCAGAGUUGAUCAGGUUGAAUUGGAAAGGAAAGAGAGAAAUCAUCACAUUCUGCAAAAUUUUGGUAAAGCUUUGUGGAAAGUCUUGAAAGAAUACAAGAAAAAACUUGAGGUGGCAGAAAAUGAAAUCUGCACCCUUAGGAAUUGCUUAACUAGUGAAAAAUCUAGAUCUGCUGAACUAGAGAACCAACUGAGGGAUUGGCAAAGUAAUUGUUGCUGUAGGGAAGGAAAAAAAUCGUUAGAUUGUGAGGUGGCUGAAAAUGAAACUUGCACUCCUAGAGAUCAUAUAACCAACGAGAAAACAAGAUUCUCUAAACUAGAGUAUGAAUUGAGAGAUUGGCGAAGUAACUGCAGCAGUAGGAAAGGGAUUUUAAGUGAGGUUUCCUUCAGAGAAGUGGAUGAAUUUGAAAGAAAAGAUUUGGAGGAUCAUCAGUCCAAUGACUACAAUAAGGUUGAAAGUUCAACUGGAGAUGCUACUGCUGCUGAAGAUCAGGAGAACACAAAUGAACUGAAUGCAGAGAGUCCACAAUGGAAUGUCAAAGAACCUGCUGUGUUAAGUGGGUCAUGCUCUUCCACUGAUCAGGAGUACAGGCGAAAAGAGGAAAGUUUUGUUUCUAAACUCAGCACUUUUCAAGUGACUUUCGUAGACAGAGACACGGAUACCUUGUUGGAAGAAGACCAUUUGCCUUUUGAUUCAGUACUUCCAGAAUGUUAUACAAUCAGCACUGCUAAGUCAUCUCUCUCCUUUGAAAAUAACAGCUCUUUUCUAGUGGGUGAGGACCAAACAGAAAACAAAGAGGACAAGACUGCUCAGCAGCUUGAAAGAUCUACUAGAGAUGCUACUGGUGUUGAAGAUCUGAAGAAUCCAAAUGAAAUGAAAGCAGAGAGUGCAGAUUGGAACGGCAAAGCAGCUGCUAUAUUAAGUGGGUCAUGCUCUUGCAUUGAUCAAGAGUAUGAGCAAGGAAAGGGAAGUUCUGGUAAGAAUUCUGUAGUUAGCACUUCCCAAGCAACUUCCAUAAACAGAGAUGAGAACUGCCUAUUGGAAGAGGACCACAAGCUUUCUAUUUCAGUAUUUCCAGAAUGUACUGUCAGCUCUUCUAAUUCAUCGCUUACCAUUGAAAAUAAGAGCUCUUCCCCAGUGAGGAAGAAUCAAACAUGCAAUGUAGAGGACAAGAGACUAUUAGGUCCAUCAACACCGUUAAUGCCUGGGGAAGUUGUAGGCCAUGGUGACAACAAUGUAGUUGAAGCGGUUACUAAACAUCGUUCCGGCACUAAAUUUCAGAAUGCAGAUAAACCAAAAAGGACUAGGAGACUUCUACCAGUUUCGUCCAUUUUAUUAAAAGAUUUAGGCAGCAUAAACUUCAAGGACGACAAUGAGAAACCAAAGGGAGCUAAGACAGAAAAGAAUGGAGCUUCUGGUGAAAACAGAACUCAGGGCAGCAUUUCACUUCUUCGUUUGCUCAAGGAUAAUCUUGCUAUCUAGUGCAUAGUGCAAAAUGAUAACUGCAUUCUAAGGUUUCGUCUGCAAUAAACAACAGUUCACUAGCUUUUUUGAGAAUUGUUAGGAACAGUGUUCGCUAAGAACAAGACCAGACAUGGAAGAGUUCAUGCAGCUUAUGUUUGUUCUGAGGGCUGACUGAUUUUAGAUAUCUUUCUUUCUGGUCCACGAGUUCAUUUAUAUUUAAGUGUCUAGUUUAGAUAAAAAAGUUUAUGGAAGUAUAUUUUUCGUAUAAAGAUUUUUUGGAUUGUUUUUAGUAUUUGGUUGGGUAUAAUUGUUUGUGACAUUUAUCUAUACUAGUUUUCGGAA